AUGGACGAAUUGUCUAAGGGCAUGACACAAACAGGAAACACCGCUAUAACUGACAAAAUUCAAGAAAAUGAUGAUGGCACGUCGACUCCGAUAGUGUACGUGAAUGAGACGUGUUUGGAGUGCGAGAGGGUGCGCGCGGCCUGCGAGCGCCUGGGCACAGUGGCGAUCGCUCCAAGCCCAGAAGCUUUGUCACAGCCCCAACAGCCCAUCGUCUCUCCUCCUUACCUUAUCACCACUCCCUUCGAGGGUGAACUAUUCGACACCGCACAUAGGGCAAAAUACAGAGUGCUAGGUCCUACAGCGAUGCUACAGUUGGCAGAGCGAGAUGAACCACCGCCGGCAAAUUCUCGUCCUCUUUACUCGUUGGCGAUGCGUGGCGCUGUUAUAUGCUUUUCGGGAUUCCGAAAGAAAGAGGAACUUACGUACCUGAUAAAUUUGAUUCAUUAUAUGGGUGGGUCGAUCCGCAAGGACAUGUCAAGUAAAGUGACGCACUUGAUUGCGGCGGCGGCUACAGGCGACAAGUACCGAUACGCGUCCGGAUUCGGCCUGCCCGUGCUAGCGCGCUCUUGGGUGGACGCCUGUUGGGAACGACGUGAUGAUCCCACAUGCUUUGCCACCAAUGAUGACAUCAUAAAAGAGCAUAAAUUGAUGGUGUUCGCGGGUGCACGCGUCUGCUUUGUGGGCUUCCCUGAAGAUGAGACGCAGCACAUGGCUGAGGUGCUUGCCAGCAAUGGCGGGUCCACCUGCCAGAUGGACGAUCCAGACUGCUCUCACGUUGUAAUGGCCAAUGGGGAGACUUUCGGUCGUUCGCUUAUCCUAUCAUCCCAUCCCAGUACACCUAACACAACGAAGCCUAGUCGCGUCACUCCCAACCGUUCCCAGUCCACUCCCAAGAGUUCGCUUUACCGCAGGCUAUCAGCGCGGUUAUCGGGGCGUCGCGCCAGCCCCACUAAACAUAGUGAAGCCGCUGAAGACGAUCGCGAACAGCGAUUGCAACUUGCACGAAACAGUAUUAGAGACAAGUAUACCAAAGCCGUUAGCAGAGAUGAAACAGAUAAUUUGUACAGUAUUAGUUACGCAGAGAAGUCGUUUACCGAUGACCUCUGUUUCAAUUACGAUAACGUUAAAAGCCCCUCGCACGUUGAGCGUGUAGAAUACCGCAAAUACAAAAUCUGUGAUAAAGAGAACAAGGACAUAUCACCGCUUGUGCACGCAUCUGAUAGACUUAGUAAAGAAAGUAAAGAUAAGAGAGAAGUAUUCAGAAAUAAAUCUAUAAACGUAUUUAAUUUGGUGGAUUGUCUAACGGAGGCGGAAUCCGUGCAUUCGUCACAUACUAAGAGCUUGUGCGAUUUAGAUUCUAAAGAUGAACCAGUGUUUUUGUUGGCUAACUCGACUUCAACCAAAGAACUACAACAAUCGACUACAACGAUUUCUUCCGCGAAGAAAAGAAGUCGCAAGUCAACAGAUUCAAAUUUUCAAGUCAGCACUAUUGAUUCAAAUUUAUCUCCUGAUAAGUGUGAAGAUAGUAACUGGAAAUCGAUUAAGCGACUGAAAAUAAAGGACUCUUUUAAGUUUAAAAAUCGACCUACAAUAUUUAAGAGAUCGAAAAAGGAUUCUGUAUCAAAGCCUACCGGGGAUAUCGUAGUAGAACCUGUAAGCCCUGACAGUAUCAAACCAACGGAUCCGGCUGGAGAAUUUAUUGCUUCUACCUCGUCCCCCAUAAAAGAAGAUGAUAACGCCUCUGUUUCUUCUUUGAACACAAGUAAACAAUCUGGUUUUUUUGAUAUUUCAUUUGCUUCUAUAAGAAGUUCAAAAACUGUAAAAUCUGCAUCUAAAUUACGCAGAAGUGUUAAGUCAUUUACUGCGUCAUUUCGGAGUGAGCGAAAAAAAAAGUACGAAAAACGAGCAGAACGCAAUACAGUUGAGGUGGACGCUUGUCACUUGCCUACAAAUCUUAAACAUGUUUCAACGCCAAAGAGAGAAUUUGACGGAAUGACCUUGGACAUCUCACCCGUACAAGUGGAUACAGUAGAUAGUACGGACUUGGUCACUUCGAGCAGAGACAGAGACGCUGAUGUAGAUGAACUUGAUGAUUCAACUAUAUUUAAAACACCUCAAAGUAUGUGGCUGCGAACACAGCGACACUCGAUUUGUGGGGAUUCUGAACUCCGCCUGAGUGUAUUAAGCUGUGCUCCACAAUCUCCUCGCCGCCACCGUCCUACCCCUCUCGCUCCUGUUGUUCCCCGCUCCGCUCGCGACCAGCCGCCGCCCGCCUCGACGCCUCCUAUUCGCGACGCCCACACCAUAUCGCAAUGCCAUGGAAUAUCGCUGCCGGUCGUCGACGAGCACAAUACAUUGGUCGCACCAGAGUGUCCUCCAAAAGUGCAUAUCGUUAAAGCUGAAUGGUUUUGGGCUUCUGUACAAAAUGAGGAGGCGCAGGACGAGCGGGACUACUUAUUCAAAGAUUACCUAGACGAGAUAUCACGGCGGUCUUCAGUAGGCGGCCCGGGAGUAAUGGUGCCAGAAGAUGUAAGCGCGAGUACUACUCCCGCUGAGCACAGCGGGACGCCGUCACAUCUGCAGAGACUGCGAAAACGAAAAUUAAGGGGCGGAGACUCCGCGCAACACAAACGACGUUCCUCCGUGGGUGAUGCGGUGCUCUUGAGCCUGUCAGGGAACUUGCUAGAUUGUACACCAUCACCCGACGGAAAGCAACUAUUAGAGGAGUCGGAAGUACCUGAUACAGUAGUCAGAAAAUUAUUGUCGCCGAGGCAGCAAGUAUUUAUGGAACUUCUACAGACGGAAUCGAACUAUGUUGGCAUAUUGCAUACGAUUGUCACGAUGUUUAAACAACCACUGGAAGAAAUGGCUGAAGAAGACAAUAGUAAUGGCAAAAAUCAAGCGUUGCUCAAUAAUACUGAACUCAAAAUUAUAUUUGGAAAUUUGCCACCUAUAUAUGAAUUACAUCAGAGAAUGUUAGAAGAGCUGCGCUAUGCACAAGCGCACUGGAGUGAAGAGACGAGUAUCGGUCGACUCGUACUUCGAUACACGCCGGACAUGGAGAAGGCAUACCCGCCAUUUGUUAACUUUUUUGAGAAUACUAAGGAAAUGCUGCAACAGUGCGACCGUGAGAACCCAAGAUUUCAUGCAUUCCUGAAAAUCUGUCAAACAAAACCAGAGUGUGGCAGACAAAGUUUACAGGAACUUUUGAUAAGACCAGUGCAGCGGUUACCGAGUAUAAGUUUAUUACUUGAUGAUAUAUUAAAACACACGCACAAAAACAACCCGGACCACGCAGCAUUGGACAGGGCGUUAGCGGGACUCCGGAAGGUCAUGUCGCACAUAAACGAGGACAAGCGCAAGACGGAAGGGCAAUUACAAAUGUUCGACAUUUACAAUGACAUCGAUCAGUGCCCACCACACCUUGUAUCUUCUCAUAGAUCAUUCGUUUCGCGCUGCGAAGUGGUGGAAUUGUCUAAGGAGUUAUCUGGUAGAGGGGAUCACCUUGUGUUGUUUCUGUUCACCGAUACGAUGGAAGUUUGCAAGAAAAGGUCUAAAGCGUUUAACAGUAAAAGUCCGACCAACGGCACGGGGACAAUGCGGAUAGGCUCGAGCAAACCUUACAGGCAUAUAUCGCUGAUGCCGCUCAGUACAGUCAAGCGAGUUGUUGAUAUUAGGGAAGCUGAAGACUGUCACAAUGUAUUCGCAUUGAUGUGCCGAAACAACCAAGAGCUCAAAGAGAAGCUUUACUCCUUUAUGAUCACAGACGAAACCGUCGACAAGACACAUUUUCUUCGACAACUUUGCAGACAAAUGGCCAACACUGUCUGUAAAGCUGAUGCCGACAAAUUUCUGGCCUGCCUUGAGUCACACGCACUCGACAUCGACACGAGCGACCUCGCGCUUAGCGCACUCUCUAAGGUCUCCAAGUUCGCCGCACGGACCAGGAUAAAGCUCGAGGCGAUGGCUGGGCUGGGCGGCUGGCUGCGCGCCGAUCCGGGCAGCGGGCUCCUAGACACAUGGGUAUUGCGCGCUCACUUACUCGCACAGGUGGGUCGUGCGUUUUCGUUCAACAAAACGCCGUCGAAGUUAAAGCGUGCGAUGUCGUCAAUGAUUUCACCAUUCGGUUCCACUUCAAAUCUCACCCCCGCAUCGCAACUCGCGCAGAUGAGGUUGGCUAGUUGCAACAAUAUUAACGAGAUGGGCACGAGCGGCGGCGGCGCGGAAGGCGGCGGCGAGGUGCUGGUGGCGCCGCUGUCCGUGCAGCCCACGCGCAAGGCCACGGCGGGGCAGGCGCUGCGCCGCUUCUGA